AUGAGGUCCCUGGCCCUCGGCGUUUUUUGCCUGUUGUGCUGUGAUGCAGUGCGGCUGGACAGACGCCGUCCCACACCCAUCACGGCCAAGAGGCAAAAUGAGAGCAGUGUCCAGACCAACGCGGAGGAGAUUCCCUGCAAAGCCAUCCCGCUGGAUUUUGUCUUCGUCAUCGACAGCUCCAGAAGUAUCCGUCCGAACGACUACGAGAAGGUGAAGACCUUCAUCAUCAACCUGCUGCAGUUCCUGGAGGUGGGCAGCGACGCCACGCGAGUCGGCCUGCUGCAGUAUGGCAGCGAGAUCCAGCCGGAGUUCUCCCUCAACACCUACACCACCAGGGCCGAGGUGGUGCAGGCAGUGAGGGACAUGAAGCACCUGGCCACGGGGACCAUGACCGGUCUGGCCAUCCAGUACACCAUGGAGACGGAAUUCACCGAGGAGAAGGGGGCCCGGCCUCUGAGCAUGCACAUCCCACGGAUCGCUAUGAUUGUGACGGACGGGAGGCCUCAGGACACGGUGGAGGAGGUGGCGGCUCAGGCGAGGCAGGCCGGCAUCCAGAUCUUUGCUAUCGGAGUGGGCAGGGUUGACAUGAAGACCCUGAAGUCCAUCGGCAGCGAGCCGCACUCCGAACAUGUGCACCUGGUGGCGAGCUUCAGCCAGAUAGAAACCCUGAUCUCUGUGUUCCAGUCCAAACUGUGUGGAGUUUCAGAGAUGUGUGAGGUUGUGGACCAUCAGUGCCAACACAUCUGUGUGAGCAGCCCUGUGUCGUACAGGUGCAAAUGCAGAGCAGGAUUCACGCUGAACCCCGAUGGCAAGACAUGCAAAGCGGCGGAUACAUGUGCUGUGGUGGAUCAUGGAUGUGACCACAUCUGUGCUAAUCUGCCCGACGGCUAUGAGUGCCGCUGCCGCCCAGGAUAUCAGCUCACCAUCGACAAAAAGAAAUGCAACAGAAUAGAUUACUGUGACCUGGGGAACCACGGCUGUGAGCAUGACUGUGUCAGCGUCCCAGAGUCCUACAUCUGCAGGUGCAAGAAGGGUUACGUCCUCAAUCUGGAUGGAAAGACCUGCAGCAGGAUCGAUCACUGUGCUGACGGCAGCCAUGGCUGCGAGCAGGAGGCCAUGAACACAGAGGACUCCUGUGUGUGUAAAUGCAGACAAGGAUACACUCUCAAGCCUGAUGGGAAAACAUGCAAGAGAACGGAUCACUGUGCUGACGGCAGCCAUGGCUGUGAGCAGGAGUUCAUGAACACAGAGGACUCCUGUGUGUGUAAAUGCAGACAGGGAUACACUCUGAGACCCGAUGGGAAGACAUGCAAGAAGACCGAUCACUGCGCGGAUGGGAAACACGGCUGUGAGCAGGAGUUCGUGAACACAGAGGAUUCAUGUGUGUGUAAAUGCAGGGAAGGAUUUACGCUCAGGCCUGACGGGAAAACGUGUCAGAAAUCAGAGUGCAGCGAUGGGGUCAUGGAUCUGGUGUUCAUCAUCGACGGCUCCAAGAGUCUCGGCCCUGCCAACUUCGAGCGAGUCAAGCAGUUUGUGAGCGGCAUCGUGGACUCGCUGGACAUUUCCAAGGCGGGCACGCACGUGGGCCUGCUGCAGUACUCCACCAAGGUGCGCUCGGAGUUCAGCCUGGGGAAAUACACCACGGCGCAGGACAUCAAGCGGGCCGUGAGCCGGAUGCAGUACAUGGGGAGGGGCUCCAUGACCGGCUCGGCCCUGCGACACAUGUUUGAGCAGAGCUUCACGGCCAAAGAGGGGGCGAGGCCGAACACCCAGCGGGUCUGCAUCGUCUUCACUGACGGGAGAUCACAGGACGAUGUUUCCGGAUGGGCCACGAAAGCCAAGGACUCUGGGAUCACAAUAUAUGCAUUGGGCAUUGGGAAAGCCAUUGAACAGGAGUUGAGGGAAAUAGCGUCAGAGCCUGAUGAGAAGCACAUGUAUUAUGCUGAGGACUUUGAGAAAAUGGGAGAAAUGACAAAGAAGCUGAAGUCCAGGAUAUGCACAGACAAACCAUCCAAAGAGGACAUGUGUGAGUGCGAAAACGUGAUCAUGUUUCAGCAACAAGUCUCCGAGCAGCUGAAGAACCUGAUGCAGAAUAUUGAAGCUAUGACGAAGAAGCUGGAGACUCUGGAGAAUCAGCUGAAGCACAACUGAACUCUGAGCAGUCCAUCACUUCUCCUUUCACAGGACGCUUCUGAUCCUAAACAAGCCCGGCUGACACAUAUGCAAAUACAAUGCUUUCUACUGAACAUAUUUAUACGCUUUUCAAACAAAUCAAUGUAUUUUUUAUUUGAAAUGUUCUAUUGUAUGUAAUGCCAUUACCCU